AAAUAGGGCAACAUUUCUUUGUUGUUUCCCCAACCUCCAGCUUCAUCUCCGGUGACACGUCGACCGUCCUUCCACUGCCUCCUCCGUCGGCGACGACCUCGACUCUCUCCUCGUCUCUUUCUCCUCCGCCUCUUUUCCUCCAUCUUCGCAAGAAGUUCACAGUAAGGAGAAGCGAAACGAAGAAGGGAUGAAGGGAUUUACGAGGUUACUCACAAGAUCCUAUCUUGCUGGUAGGGCACAAAAGCCAAGUUCAAGUUUGUUGAGAGGAGGGAGCGCAUAUUAUCUCCAUUCUUCCCGUCAUGUGGUCUCCUCUGCAUCAAUCCCCCUUUCCCUUCAAAACCAGUGGAUGAUUUCACGAAAUCCAUACGACUCUUGGCGCUUGGCUCCAUGGAUUGGGUUUGGAGGACAGAGGAGGAGCAUGUUUAUUCAAACAGAGUCAACACCAAAUCCAUUAUCCCUCAUGUUUUAUCCAGGAAAACCGGUAAUGGAAAUUGGAAGUUCCGAUUUUCCAACCAUUCGUGCAGCUAUGAUUUCACCACUUGCUAAAUCAUUAUUUGGCAUCGAUGGAGUUACAAGAGUCUUCUUUGCAUCAGAUUUUGUUACAGUAACAAAAUCGGAAAAAGCUUCAUGGGAUUUCCUUAAGCCUGAAAUUUUUGCAGCAAUUAUGGACUUCUAUUCAUCUGGGAAACCACUAUUUCUAGAUUCAAAUGUUGUUGCUUCCAUGGACACAGCCAUACUGGAGGAUGAUUCAGAAAUUGUUGCAAUGAUCAAAGAAUUGUUGGAGACACGAAUUCGUCCUGCAGUGCAAGAUGAUGGUGGUGAUAUUGAGUAUUGUGGAUUUGAUUCAGACACUGGAAUUGUCAAGUUAAAGAUGCAAGGUGCCUGCAGUGGCUGCCCAAGCUCAUCUGUGACAUUAAAGUCUGGCAUUGAGAACAUGCUCAUGCAUUAUGUACCGGAGGUUAAAGGGGUUGAACAAGAGCUGGACAUCGACGAGGUUGCUCCAUUGAGUGGUCAAAUAGAAUAAGCAGGCCACAGGAAACGCCCAAGUGAUCAAACCUUGCCCGGAAAUCAAUAUCUGCUGUUGAUCUUGGACUAGUUAACUACUUAAACUUUCAGUGCCAACUUUAGCGGAGGUCAGCUUGGAGGCUCGUGGGAUAAUCACUUUUUUUUUUUUAAAUCUAUUUGCAGAUGCUAGUUCUGUUGUGUGCUCGCACUAUCUAUCCUAAUUUCAUACAGCAACUUAUAUUACGAUGACGUGAAUCACAAGUAUAUGAUUUAUCGUAAUAAAAAUAUUGAUGCCCAAGGAUUGUUGAUUAAA